CCCACAGCUGAUCGCACCACAGAUCACUGAAAGAAACCACAGCUGAAGAGAACAGAAAGAAUCCCAAUUAGCGUAACGCGCGCGAAGGAGCUAGAAUGGGUACAAGGGAUUUGAUGCAUAUCUGUACAAGCCGGCAUAUCUAUUUGACUCGCUGUCGGCAACCUAGAGAGAUCGUCGACCAUCGAUUGGUGAUGCGCUCAUAAAAAGAUCAGACACGAAAGGUCGAACGGCUUAUUACGUUUCACCACCUCAAGUCUUGCCAGCUUUCAUCUUCGCUGUAGCCAGCAGUGAUAUGCAUCAGCUCGAUGAGUAGAUAAGAGGCACAAAUACUCGCGCGCAGAAAGCAGCAAACAGCUCGUCGGCUGCUCCCGCUGCCAACCACCCGCAUAGAUACGAUGUCUGUCCAAGAAGCUGCACCCGUUCUUAUCCGAAAUGCGACCAUAAUCGAUGGCAUGGGAUCGACCCCUCGAUACAUUGCUAGCGUACUGAUACGGGAAGGUACAAUUCACAAGAUUUUUACCCACCCAGCAGAUGUUUUGGCUUCGGAGCGCACACGCGUGAUCGACUGCGAAGACGGGAGGUUGACGGUGUGCCCCGGCUUCAUCGACAUGCAUGCACACUCCGAUCUCUCGCUGCUGCACACACCUGAACACUUCGCCAAGGUCACGCAGGGCGUAACGACAGAAGUCAUCGGCCAAGACGGCAUCGCCUACGCUCCAGUGGACCCUGAAUGCCUGGAGAAAAUUCGCACGCAGAUCGCUGGGUGGAACGGAAAUCCUGAAGAUGAGACAUUCUGGAGCAUGUGGAAGCAAGGCAGUGUAUCCGAGUAUCUGGACCUUCUGGACACGAGCCGGAUAGCUACUAAUGCUGCCUUUCUCGUUCCGCAAGGCAACCUCCGCAUGCUUGUCCUUGGCUACAACCAGCGCCCAGCCACGCUGCAAGAGAUCACGCGCAUGCAAGAAAUCUUGCUCCAGUCUCUCGAACAAGGAGCAGUAGGCAUGUCCUCCGGGCUCACCUAUGUGCCGGGUAUGUACGCUGCGGACAGCGAGCUCGGUCAGCUGCUCAGAAUCGUCGCCCAGUACGGCGCUUACUACUGCCCACACACCCGCUCGUACGGCAAGGGCGCGCUGCAGGCGUAUGCAGAAAUGAUCGCACUGGCAAAAGAGACGGGCGUUCGUUUGCAUCUGACGCACGCGACGCUCAAAUUUGCGGAGAAUUCCGGGCGAGCUGGCGAGUUUCUGGCCCUGAUCGACAACGCAAUCCAAGACGGUGUGGACAUCACGCUGGAUACAUACCCAUACAUGCCUGGUUCAACGACGCUAGCGGCGCUUCUUCCCAGCUGGGCCGCCGCUGGCGGCACAGACUCGAUUCUAGGACGCCUCAACGAUCCAGUAACACGGAAACGAAUUCAGCACGACGUCGAGGUCGUCGGCACGGACGGAUGCCAUGGAUGCACCUUGGAGUGGGACACGAUCGAGAUUUCUGGCGUCGGCGACGCAUCACUUGCUUCGCGCUAUGUCGGCCGGACGCUCGCUUCGGUCGCCGCUGCGUCCGGCCGAACAGCGUUCGAAGAGCUGGUGUAUCUUUUACAAGCUGACAAGCUCGCUACGACCAUUUUACAGCACGUUGGUCACGAGGAGAAUGUGCGUGCGAUCAUGCGGCACCCGAAACAUUGCGGUGGUAGCGACGGCAUCCUGACCUCCACCAAGCCGCAUCCGAGGGGCUGGGGUACCUUCCCCAGAUUCCUCGGCCACUACGCGCGUGACCUCGAGAGAGGCAAGGAGAGAGAUUUAUACUCUGCAGCAUCAGCAGAAGGGGGCGUAUACAGGACUGUGCAGCCGGAAAAGAUCUUCGACGGUGGUUUAGAGGAAGCUGUUUCGCACCUCACAUACCGAGCCGCACGCGUUCUCCGCCUGCAGAAUCGCGGGCUCAUCAAGGAAGGCUACCGAGCCGAUCUGGUCAUCUUUGAUCCCAAGACAAUAUGCGACCAGGCAACCUUCAACCAACCGCAAAGACAGGCGAAAGGUGUACAGACUGUGCUCGUCAAUGGACACAUCGUACUGGACGAAGGUGUUCCCAAUGGAGCAAGGUCCGGUCAAACCAUCAGAAUGCGCCGGAGCGGGCAGGAGUGGACUGUAUCAUGAAAUGAAUUGCAAUUUCUGGGAGAAAUAUUGG